AAGAGCCCGGCCAUGAAAGUAUGUAAAAUGUCAAUAGUAUAAGCUUCGUUCGAUGUAUUUUGGACGCUGAUUCCGAAUUACCUGCUAUAAAUAUAUAGGGUUGCUAUAAAUGUAUAAGGUUGAAACGCUUGCCCAAGAAGUUAUCGGCAAAAACUGUUUUGGUCACACGACAGGCUUGUAAAACAUGAAUUACGGUCAUAGUGAUCAGCUUCGGGGUCAUGGUUACUGGAUAGGAUUAGGGUUUAUAAAACCGUUUCGUUCGGCUGCAAAUCCACAAAUUCAUUUAAUUCACGUGAUAGCACUCUGGUGAGUUAAUUAGUAAACUUGUAUUAUGUACUUUCCUCAAUCUUCAGUUGUUGACAUUUCGUUUAAAGCUAAACAUCGAUUUUUCUAACAAUGUAGAAUGGCAGACAUGCGGAAUCUUCAAACGAAGUUAAUAUUCCUACAAAUCAUCUCGCUAUCUCUCUGUGGUUGGUUACCAGUCGAACGUAACGUGGAAAUAGAGUGGGAUCUUGAGUCGACACCUUUAGAAAUUAAAACUAAUAGUGUGCUGGGGAGUGGCGAUAUGGUGCAUGUGUUCCUCUACUCUGCUGAGGGAGAGUAUGCAGGAGGAGUAUACCUCAAAUUCAGCUCUACUCCACAAUACGCGCUCCCCUACUGCACCACAUCCUCCACUAACCUCCCUGUUAAUCUCCCCUCUCCUACUGACAAGGUGUGGCGUAUCACUCUAACCAAAACUGCAGGUGUUAGAGUAGUGAUACACUGUAACGAGGUAGAGGUGCUCAACAUACUGAUCUCUCAAGCAACGUGUGAAAACAAUAGUUACGGUGGGUGGAGCACGAUCUGGAACAGGGACGUGACAAAGAUAAAGUUCGCUUCCUCCUCCGACAGAGCAUCUAAUUACUACGGAACACAACCAGAGCCGUGUGGAGAAGGAAAAUAUCGGAAUGAUGCUAUGACAAGCUGUGAGACAUGUGACGCUGGAUUGACACCAAACUCUGACAAAACAGCCUGUGAGCCAUGUCCAGCUGGAAGCUACAAGAACAUUGAGAUGAACACAUGUGAAGAAUGUCCUGAUAACACGAUCAGUUCAGAAGGAGCAGCCUUGUGUACAACUUGUGAACUUGGCAAGGAACGAAACUCAGGGAGAACAAAAUGUGAGCCAUGUCCAGCUGGAAGCUACAAGAACAUUGAGAUGAACACAUGUGAAGAAUGUCCUGAUAACACGAUCAGUUCAGAAGGAGCAGCCUUGUGUACAGCUUGUGAACUUGGCCAGGAACGAAACUCAGGGAGAACAGAAUGUGAGCCAUGUCCAGCUGGAAGCUACCAGAACAUUGAGAUGAACACAUGUGAAGAAUGUCCUGAUAACACGAUCAGUUCAGAAGGAGCAGCCUUGUGUACAGCUUGUGAACUUGGCCAGGAACGAAACUCAGGGAGAACAGAAUGUGAGCCAUGUCCAGCUGGAAGCUACAAGAACAUUGAGAUGAACACAUGUGAAGAAUGUCCUGAUAACACGAUCAGUUCAGAAGGAGCAGCCUUGUGUACAGCUUGUGAACUUGGCCAGGAACGAAACUCAGGGAGAACAGAAUGUGAGCCAUGUCCAGCUGGAAGCUACAAGAACAUUGAGAUGAACACAUGUGAAGAAUGUCCUGAUAACACGAUCAGUUCAGAAGGAGCAGCCUUGUGUACAGCUUGUGAACUUGGCAAGGAACGAAACUCAGGGAGAACAAAAUGUGGUAAGAAUUGUUAA